GUUAAAACUGCUACAAUUUCGAUCGGUACACUCUUCAUGAACGUGUAUGUAAUCAAGCUUUUUUCUACCAACGAGAACGACGGGAAACAACUAGUGCAUCCCCAGCCGAAAAGGUCGCCUUGAAUACGCAUAUGUUUAGAACAAAUACUAAAUAUGACCCACAGCUUAACCCAUAUUCCGAUUACGCAUUGCUUGACACUUGACGAUUAGGCCUGCUGCGUUGUACUCAGCGGUGGCGCUUUCUCAAGAAGUUUUUUUAACAGCGCACAAUGGACGAGGAGAUACCAUAUAAUGAACUCCUCUUGGACGUCGAGGACGGGAUAGUCGUCGGCUUGUAUCACUACCUAUGGAUGAAAGACGGCAAAGGCCGGCCAUGCCCAGAGGUCAAUGUUCCCCACACGAUCGUGUUCACCAAUGGCAAGCCCACGGUGUGGUACUUCACCAGCGGCAAGGAGCACUGCAUCAAGCGCAAGAACCGCGCCAACAUCAGCAACGCCAGCAUCACGGAGGCCCUCGCGCCGCUGCCCAAAGCAGCCACCGCGGGCUCCGACAGCGCCUCCAACUUCGGCUCCACAACCGGCGGACUGGGAUCCACCCGCAACACCGCGGGCUCGCCCUCCCCGCACAAGAAGCAGCACAGGGGUGGCUCGCCGGGCGCAGAGCACCCUCGGCCCAUGGACGGCACCAGCACGGGCGCCGCACUGGGUCCCUGGCCUCACCACGGGGUGGUGGCACGCUUUCAGGGCUCCAUGACGUUGCCGCACAUGCCGGGUGCAGGAGGCAGGGGCGGAUCUCCAGGCAGGCGCAGAAGAGGGGCGCUGCUUGAGCUCCAGGACGAGAGUGUGGAGUGGUUCAGUCGCGAGCAGCUGCACGAGCUGCUGCCGCCCAACCACGUGGUGGUGCACGGCGUUGCGGCGCUGCACGAGGGGGUGCUGCAGCGCUUCGUGCAGCCCAGGGGCCAGCACCACUUCUCCAUCCGAGCCACAUGGUCGCCUAACGCAUGUGUGGUGGAGCGCCGCACCAAUAAGGCCAAACUCAACGACCCCCGCGUGCCGCUGCCGGACCGCCUGGCCGCCUGGGACGGCCCCAUCUGGCUGUCGGAGCACACGCUGGUGAGCGGGCCGGUGCUGCAGGGCACCAUCUGCCGCCUCUGCGACAACGUGGCGGCGCACCUGGCAGACGUCAGCGGCGGCGCCAUACGGGUGCUGCGCAUGGUGCUGUACUUCAUGGUGGACGAGUCCAGCCGCGUGUGGCUGACGCACUGCGGCACGCUGAAGACGCAGCGACCCAGGGAAAUGGCGGCAGGCGGCCGCAUGCGCGCCGGGAUGGGUGGGCCGCUGCCGUCGCUGCCACUGGCUGCGGCGCUGCGGCUGCGUGUGCCAGACGGCGCUGGCGGGGACUUGGGCUCGGGGGUGGGAGCCGGGUUGGAUCUGCCGGCGCCGUCCGCGGCGUUCGUGGCGUCCAAGGCAGCGGCAGCGGCUAACGGGGAUGCCGGCGGCGAGGAUGACGAGGGCUCCGGUUCCGGCCCUAGCAGCCGCUUCUUGUGUGUGCUGACGGGUGAGAUGUACCCCGCCUCCCAGCGCUGCGACGUCACCUACAAGCAGCUGCUGCAGCACUGGUUUAGCCUGGCCUCGCAGCUGCCCAACGAGGGGGACCGCCUGCGCGCCAUGGACACCAUCCCGCUGGCCAUCCGCCGCGCCAACCCCUCCCUCACGCGCGAGUGGUACCUGCGCGUGCGCAGCCAGCCCAACUUCCUCUACCGUACUGCACCUGUGUGCGCUGACGCCGCCAUCCAGCUGACCAGCGUGGGCGCGGAGGACCUGCAGCGGACCGGCAGGCCGCAGCCGUCGGGGACUGGCGCGGGGCCGUCGACGCCGGGGGGCGCCGCCCGAAGUAACCCGGGUGGCGCGGAGGCGAGCACACCGACAGCUCCCGGACGCGGCAGCAAUGCAGGGCGGAUAUCGACAGCGUCCGCAGCCUCGCCCUCGCAGAUUCCGCCUCGGCCGCGGCCUGCGACAGCACUUGGGAACACGACACUGGGGCCGGCGAAUGGCGGGCCGGGGGCACCGCGGGGGGGCUCACGGCAGACCUCGCAGUCGCAGCUGCCGCAGCAGCAGGCUGCUUCUCGGGGAGGCCCCCUCAUUCACCGUUCCAAGUCCGCGUCACACGGCAUGCCCGCGUCGCGGCAUCGCUCCAGCAACGGCGGCGGCCUGAGUGGCAGCGUGCCGGAUUCGCCCUUCAUCUUCCCCACCAUGCUCGGUGGCGGAUCCAGCGCCCAUCCGCGGCUUGGCAGCGUGCCGUCGGCGGCCGUGGGUGGCUCAAUCCUGCCCAGCAUGCUGCUACCACGCGACAACCACGCUGGCGUCGCUGGUGUUGGAGCUGGGGCCACACGGGCAACCACGUCUGUGUCAGCGCCGUCGGCACUGCUGCAGGUGUACGGCCCCACACCCGAGCAGGAGGCCGAGGCCGCAGCGGCGGCGGCCACCCUGCCUUACGACGUCCUCGAUGAGGCGCGGCAAUCGGCUGGCAACAAACCGCCCUACGUUAACACCGCUGCCGGAUCCCAGGCGGCAACCUCCGCCCCGUACGCCGCCUCCGCCGCCGCCAUGGCCGCCGCCAAAGCGAGCAGCAGCAGCAGCAACAACCGCGCCCACGGCACAUCCUAUUCCCCGCUGGAGGAGGCAAUCUCGCCCUCCACCUCCGCCACCACGCUAGCGGCCGUCCCCACACCAACCUCCGUCCCCAGCCGCACUACCAUCUCCGCUCCGCCCGGCUCCAUGACCGUCGGCCCCGUACCGAGCGGCGGCGGCUCGGGCUUCAUGUGGGGCGGGCCGCGACCAGCCACCCGCCGCUCCCACAUGCGCACCUCGGCCAGCUCUGAAGUCGCGGAGCUGGGCUCCAUCCCCUCAUGCUCCGAACCCUCCUCGCCCAACGGCCCCCCUACCUUCUACCACCAGCAAAUGGUCGGCGUCAGCGGCCCGAGCACUACCACACGGCUGUCGCCUCCACGCGCCGCCGGGCUGCUCACGCUGCAGACUAUCCACGAGGAGGGCGCCACGGCGCCGCAGUCCUCCACCCGAGCCGGCCAGCCGUUGGGUGAGGAGCUGUACUUCCCGCCACCUCGCGGCGCCGGUUCACACUCCGUACCCCGCAUGCGGCCACCCACACGCGGCGGCUCUGACCGGCCGCCGCCGCCAGGCUCGGGCCUCCCCAGCCGGCGACAACUAAGCCCGGGUCACAUGCAUGGCUCACCCUACGCAUACCACUCGGGUUCGGGCGCUGCCAGCGUGGCACAGCGCAGCUUGAGUGAGAGCGGGGACAUUCAGCCGCAGGGGGCCCAGCCGGGGGGCGGCUUCGGCUGCGGUAGCCUCAACAGCACCAUGGCUUCAUCUGUGGGCAGCAUGGCCAGUCGGCGCAGCACCAGCACGCAGGCGCUGCUGUCCAAUGACGACAUCCGGACGCUGCGGGAGCUGAGCGAGGCGUACACGGCUGCGGAGCGCAUGACGCAGCAGUUGCUGGCGCAGGCGCAUGAGAUCCUGUCAGAGGACGGCGGCAGCAGGCCUGCAAGUAAUGGUACCAGCCCCUUGCAUGGGGGGCGAGUAUCGCAGGGGGCGCUGGGUGGGGGGCGCGUGUCGCAGGGAUCGCGAGCUGAGGGUGCGGAUGCGGGGGCAGGAGGUGCUUCAAAGCCGCCUGCGGGCCGUUGGCCUAGCUCUAGCGGCGCGGGCGGCAACGGGGGAAGUGCGAGCGGGAGCCGGGCGGGUAGCACAGGGUCGGGGCGAGCUGGGGGCGCGUCGCCCAUGCAGCGGAUCAGCAGCACGCUGGGGCCGUCGCCACUGGGUCAGAACCAGUUCAGCCGGCAGGAUAGCGGUCAACGGGCGCAGAGCGUCGGCAGCAACGAUGGGAGUGGAGGGAACGAGACGCCGGUGCAGUCAGGGCAGGCGUCUAUGUCGCCGGAGUUGUCUAGUGUGCCUAGCGGUCUUAAGGCCGUUGCUGGAGGGCAGCCACGAGUGACGGAUGAGUUGGAAUGUGGUGGCAGCGCAUCAGCAGCCCAAACGCAGGUUGAGAUAGGCUUGCUUACGUCGGCUGAAGCCGACCUGUUGGCGGAGGCGCUUCAGGACUAAGUGCAUAACGCAAACGCAUUAUUCAUACCGGACCCCGGCUUAAAUGUGUGCAGGAGGCAGGGUUUCGCAAAGUUCAUUGUUGUCUUUUACUGUAAGUCGAUCCGAAUCCUUUGCAUGUUUAACCGCCGCGACCAAGGCCACCCAGCGGUCAUUGCUCUACAACAGGACUUCA